AUGCCGCCACUUCCGCGUGUGGUCGAUGUGCUAGUUCACAAAAGACUUUCUCUCACCCGCAAGCUUGUUUUGCUUGCUAUGUUAUGUCUCGCCCAGUCCUUAGAUUCCUUCAAUUUUGCAGCUCUUUUUUCUGCGAUCCCUGUACUCGAUAUUUCCAUGGGCAUGACUGAAACUCAAUCUACUUGGAUCUUUAGUGCAUCCCAGUUGACUUUUUCAUCAUUCCUGCUUAUCAGUGGCCGUAUCAGCGAUGUAUACAAUCCAAAAAUUGCCUUCGUCGGAGGAGUGUUCAGCCUCGGUAUCCUCUCACUGUGUGCCGGAUUUAUUGAUACCAAAAUUCCGUUAAUCACCGUCAGGGCGUUCACUGGAAUAGCUUCUUCAAUGACGGUCCCCUCUGCCCUUGCACUCCUCGUCAAGGUAUUUCCCGAUCCGCUCGAACAAGCUCGGGCAAUAGGGUUCUUUGGAUGCUCUGGUGCGAUCGCUAACAUCGGCGGCCUCGUGAUCGGUGCAAUGUUUGUCCAGUGGGCGUCUUAUCAUUGGGUGUUCUUGUUUGUAGCCGUCGUGGCUUGUCCGCUGGCUCUGGUUUGUGUUUUCAUCAUACCGUCACAAAUUGGAGAGACUGCAGACACUCCCGAGCCUGAAGGGGCGAAAUGGAAAAAUCUUGAUUUAGUCGGCGUAUGUAUUCUAACGGUUGCCUUCAUUUUAUUCAUGUUCGCUGUGACAUCCGGUUCAACUGAUGGUUGGAAAUCCCCAAUGGUGUUGGUCCUCUUGAUCGUAUCAACUUUAAUGGUGGUUAGCUUUUUCUAUUGGGAAACCCUCUUGCCUGUGGAAAAAGCUGCAAUUCCACCCCGGACGUGGUUUUACACUAACUUCUCCGUUCUGUUCGCAGUUGCACUCUUGCCAUUCUUCUGGUGGAACACGAUGAUGACGAUGUUUAGCACCAUGUGGCAAAAUGUGUUUCACUGGUCGGUAAUAUCGACUGCCGUACACAUGUUGCCAAUGGGUAUCGUGGGCUUGGCUUUGAGUUUUUUCACCGGAUCACUUUCUCGUAUCUUCAGUCCGAAGUGGAUCAUUCUCGUCGGUCUGUCACUGUGCAUGAUCGCUACCGUAUUGCUGGCGCUCGGUGGGGGGAAGCCAGAGAAUUAUUGGCCGUAUGUGUUCCCAGCUUUUUCUCUAGGAACUUCAGGAAUGUUGCUCACGUAUUCACUUGCGAACAUUGCUAUUUUCCAAGCUGCGCCUUCAUCCAUGGCUGGCACAGUUGGCGCCAUAUUUAACGGUGCACUUCAAUUUGGAUCCGCAAUUGGCCUCGCUGCUAGCAGCUCGAUAGAGUCAUCUGUGGAGGCUGCCCAUGGGGGUUCGCAAGAAUACACAGGACGAGCGGCCACAUGUUGGUUCCUCCUUGGAAUCGUGGCUCUUCAAUUCAUUUCGAUAUCAAUCUUUUACGACCGCAGUACGAACCACAAAUCCCAACCAGAAAACCCUGAUCUUGUACAACAUAGCACGAAAUCUGACGAAAAAAUUGGCGAUGUGGACAAAUUAGCCUCGAUUGUAGAAAUUCACUCAUAA